CGCGAUAGCGCUGUCCAGUCGAAGCAGAUUUUGAACACGCAACGACGACCUUCUCCGUUAAAAAUAUUUACGUGACCUCUUUGUUGGAUUCUGAAUGUGUUUUCUUUUUAAUUAAUAAGUGACAGCAAACAGUUUGUGAAAUGGCCAGCUUUGGCGUCAACGAAAGCCGCAUUGGCGCUAGCAAGUUGGAGUCGCAAAUCUAUUGUAUCAAGUACACAUUGUUUUGCUUCAACAUUGUGCUCUGGUUGUUCGGGGUGUCAAUCUUCGCGCUAUGUCUAUGGAUCUGCAUAGAGCCAGGCUUCAACGAGUGGAUGAAGAUGUUGGAGCUGCAGAAGUUCUUCAUCGGCAUCUACAUCAUCCUGAUCGCGUCCCUUGGCAUCAUGGUAGUGGCGUUCCUCGGCUGUGGAGCCGCCUUGAUGGAAAAUGUCACGCUUUUGUAUGGAUACAUCGGCUCCCAACUAGCCAUCUUCGUGUUCGGGCUGGUCGGCUCGUGCGUCCUACUCGACUUCUCCACGUACGACUCGAGCAUCCAGCCGCUGAUCCGCGACGUGCUGCACCGCCUCAUCAACAACCCGCAGCACGAGGGCAGCCGAGAGAUACUGAGGAUGGUGCAGGAAGGAAUCGGGUGCUGCGGCGCGGACGGUCCCGUGGACUACAUCAACCUGCGCAAGCCGCUCCCCUCCGAGUGUCGAGACUCCGUCACCGGGAACUCGUACUUCCACGGCUGCGUCGAUGAGCUGACCUGGUACCUGGAGGGCAAGACCGCCUGGCUGGCCGCUAUAGUAUUGGCUUCUUGUAUGAUUGCUGUUGUAAACGCAGUCAUGUCCCUAGUGCUGAUUAAGGCAGUCAAGAAAGAAGAAGACGAAGCGAUUAAUUAUAAAUAAAUGUAUUUAAUAUAAUAUAGUUAAAUAGGGAUUAGGUUUUGCUGAAUAUUUUUUUUUAUAUUUCAGUAAGCUUAUUUUAUAUUUCAAUAUUUCUAGUUGAUAUAUUAAUAAUUCAGGGCGAAAACCAAAUGACAACAUAGUAAUAUACAUACCUAUAUAAAAAAACUGACUUCAAAAAUCACAAAACUAUAUGUGUUAGCACAAAAAUACCUAAGCAGGUGUUAAUCUUUUUUGAAAUUGGUGCGGUUAAUAACAAUUCCAAAUCAAAAACAUACAAUUUAAUCGUGUAUGUAUGUAUGUUGUAUUGUAACAUCAAAAAAGAAAUUAUCAAAAUCGCUCUAUAACUGGCAAAGAUACCGGUGGACAUACAUAUAAAAAAACAUACAUACAGACAAAUUGAGAAAUUUCCACUUUUCGAAGUCGGUUAAAAGUAAUAACCACCGUAUUUUUUUAUUUCAUAAGUUUAGUUUUAUCAAUAAAUAACGUUUGUAAGCUGAUAAGGUAUGAAGUUUAAUUGAACCUGA